CUCGUAACCUCCUAUCGCGGGCCUCUUCUUUGUGAUUAAUUAAGUCUCCUACUCACUUUUGGCGUCCACCUUGUCCGGCAUGCUCGCGCGACUGACGCGCCAUGGCCCCGUAAGUUCCCACGCGUACCUGAAUUAAUUACCCCAACCCCCGUGGCCAUCCUUCAUGCUAAAUGCGCGCCCCGCGUCGUCGCGCGUCACCCUGUGAUAUAGCAUUAUUAGAGAUGCUAUAUCUUUCUCUUUAACACAUUUUCAUGUUGGCACAUCAGGCCUACGGAAUGCGCAUCUGUUUCUAGCAUGGCAUUGACACUUACGGUGUCUAGGGCUUCGUACAUUGACCUAACGAACGACGACGAUGACGGGCCACCGAUAGUGCGAGCCACGGUACCUGCGAAGCGACCAGCCGACACGUCAAGCAUUGCAGCGCCAACGGCGCAACGCAUUAAGACGAGCUCACAGUCGUCUUUAUCGCGCGUCAACGGAUCGAUACAUCCUCAGCCGCCGCCGCUGCCGCCACGAACUGUCACACGACCCAAUGCACCAAAGAGAGCUUCGUUAAGGGACUGUCUCGAGCAUCAGAUCGUGCCCUAUGUGGUUCUCAAGCUCUACAACGUCGAGCUGUCUGAAGCCGACAGGGACGAGCUGGCAGAAAGCGUCAUCACUGGCAUCGCACGGCUGCCCUGUUUCCGCAAGAGACUCGACGAGACAGGCGGUAAACUUUCGCCCAAGGAUAUAUUCGGUUUCCAGGCCAAAAUCGACGGCUUGGUUGCGCAGAAAUUAGAACAAUAUCCUCCCCGUCGGGUCAAAAGCUUGCAGCAAUGGGCACGGCGGCCGGCAGAACCCGAUACCGGUAGUGAGGACAGUCUGCAGCUUUCCGAACCGCUCGUUGAGCAGCCGCCACGGCAUAUUCCACCUCGAACGAAAUUACGAUGGCCCGGUUUCGAUCCGCUGGAGCUGCCGCCGCGUCGUGUAAGGAAAGAAACCAAGCCGUUUCAACCACUCGCGAGGCCGCCGAGGCCACCGCAGACUGUGUCUCAUUGGGGGCUACGCAAGCGACCCUAUCGCUCAGCACGCGAGAGGGAGGACAUUCGACGAGGACUACGCCUGCGUGAGCGGAACUUGCUCGGUCUGAAUGAGCCGUAUAUAUACCAUGUGGACUUCUCGGCCGACGAGAUUGCGGAACUAGUGAAGCUAUUAAACAGAAAGUUUAGAGGCUCUAGAUCAGGAUCGAGGGGGAUUCAGCCGACGCUGAAAGGACUCGUUGACUUGAUCCAAGGUGCCGAGGACACGUUCAGCAUACCGACUUUCAUUGGGAAUGAUCUCAAAGGACGAGGCAUUGACGACAUACAUAACUUCUGCGCCGACCUAAAGCGCAACGACGUCCCAUCGCUACCACCGAGAGUACUAUCUCUAAGUCAAAACAAACCCGAGCAUCCACAGGACAGGGCAUGCGCGCGGCAGUCUUCGCUUAUGCUGGCUCGCGAGUUAGAGGGCUACCGCGGCUUUGGUCGAAUGCGUGCACACAUCAACCUAAAGAAAGAGUUUGAGCUGGCCACUGAAGAUGGGCUUGACCUUAUCUCCGAGUACACGAAUUGCGCCGGCGACGUGAUGACGAUCUCAUGGGCGUCGGAGCACAGCCUACUGUGCGGCACCACAACGCAUUCCGAUAGUCACAACCAGCAAUACAACAAACAGGGCAAUCUACUCCUGUGCUCGAUGCAGCAAGGCACGUUGCAAGCAUACCCAGACCACCGUAUACCCCGGCCGGCAGGGAAUAAAGAAAACAACACCGAAGCUAUGCGCCAAAGUCAGGAUCCUUGGGUUUACCCGUCCGUGGCGUCGUCAGACUACGACCCGAUCCGCGACCUGCUAUACACAUCGAGCUACGACCACACUGUCAAAGUGUGGAAGGUGUACCACAUGUGGGUCGAACAGGAGCAGGACGGAGACGACGAGGCGAGUGGACAUUGGGAGUCGCGGAUGGAGCUUCUAGCGACUUGGCAGCAUCAAGGCAACGUUAACUUUGUCGUCGCCGCAAAGGACGGUUCGGGCCGUGCGGCUUCUGCGGCAGAUGUCCCCACGGAAGCUGUGCGCAUAUAUACAAUCGACGAGAACGACCUGGCCAACAGCCCCUACCAGAGUCUGUCGUGUACCCGCACCGACGCCAACGACACGGACAAGUGGGCAUACUAUCCUGCCACGAUGCAGUGGGGCAAAAGCCCCUAUACACAACAUUUGCUAGCUGUCGGGUACUCGCCCCGAAGUCCAGUCGGCGAGGAUCUCGAUAUUCCAGAGGACAAGCGCGACUCGGGCGAGGUCACAAUUUGGGAUGCCAAUGAGCAUCGGAGGGUGAACAUUACAAACGCAACAACGGCCAACGUCUUUGAGAUCGUCUGGCACCCCGAUUUACCCCAGUUCGUCUGCGCCACAUCGCCAUGUGGGUUGAAUAUCAGGACAGGUGUCAGGACGCAGCUCCACAUCUUCCAGUACGACAACAAGGCCCUCGAGCUCACGUUCUGCGAGUUCGUGUCGCUGGAUUGCCCUGCCGCGGACAUCAACGAGGUGACGUUCCAGCCCAACUCGCGCAAGCACGCCUAUGUCACCGCGGCGUGCACGAACAGAAAAGUCUACGUCUGGGACACCGCGCACCCUGAUACCAUUCAGCACGUGCUGCAUCACGGGCUCUCCAAGGAGUUUUUCGAGGAAGAUCCCCGUGACACUGGCGUCAAGUUCACAGCCUGGGGCAGCCUCGACCGUCUGUACACGGGCUCGAGCGAUGGAGUUGUCAAGGUGUGGAACGUUCGGGACUCGAAGCCUUUUGUGAGGAAACUCCUCGAGACGGCAGCCCCCGUCUCCUGUGGCGCGUUUUCACCCGAUAAGCAGAAGCUCGCUAUAGGAGACGCUACCGGACGAGUAUGGCUCUACUCGACGGAUAGACGCGACGAGGUGAAAAGACAUCACACGACCAUCGGUGGAAGAAAUAUUCGCAGGCCAAUGCCGUUCUCGCCGCAUGCCGAGCCGCCACCUCCAGAGCACGAUCCGGGCACAGGGAGCCCGGAAUCGAUGGACAUUGACACGCCAAGUGUGGAGGACACCUCAGAGUGUCUAGGGGAGGGCCAGCUCAGGGGCCAGGCCCUGCUGAAGGCGCAACAAAUUGUGAACACGGGUAACCCGGUCAUCGGCUGCGUCCACGGACCGGCGUACGAAGCGACCGGUUAUUUCAAGAAGGAAGCCCACCUAGACGAGGACUACAUGAAGCCCCUACUCCCAGAGAUCCAGCGGCAGCAACAGCAGGACAAGAUGGACCGUCCUAGCUCCCGACACCGCAGUCUCCUGCGUCUCAGUGGCAUGCCGCCCCCCAAGAGCCCGGCCGCCGCUCGCCGCCACGAACAGAAUCGGAAGAAGGACCUGGACGAAGAGAGCAUCGAGAUCUCACUCCGGGUGGAAUUGGCAAGGCUCAAGGUCUCCUUGGUAGAAGACUACGAUGACCUGCCGUAUGAAAGUGCAUCAGAGGAGGAGUCAUAGCAUAACUGGCGAGCGCGUUUUGUCGAUUCACAUGUGUUGGAUGCGUGAUUAGCACGUGGCCUUGAUUUAGCUUUUGCUACAUGAACUUAUCAUAUGAACCCAAGGCGUUGUUCACCUCUAA